AUGGGUCCUUUAUCCAAACGACGCAAGGUUGCGCCAAAAGUUGAGGAGGUCAGCUUUGAUGCAGACGCCCGCCAUGAGUUUCUCACUGGAUUCCGAAAGCGAAAGCUGCAACGUAUUAAGCAUGCCCAAGAGGCAGCUGAAAAAAGAGCCAAAGAGGAAAAGCGACAUGAUCGCCAGAAGAUGCGCGAAGAACGGGCAGCGGAGUUCAAACAAGCGAUGGAAGAGCACCAAAGACAACUGAAGCUCCUCAAGGAAGAAGAUGCCAGUGACAACAGUGACUCAAAUCCCGAUGAGGAUGACAGCGACAACGAUGAAUGGGAAGGCAUUCCAGAGCCGCCGGCGGUAGAUUACGAGGCUGAAUAUAUCGACGAGGACAAGUACACCACAGUGACAGUGGAAGAAAUGGAUACUUCUCGAGAAGGUUUGCGCAAGUCAAUCCAGGGUGAAGACUCGCAGGACGAGGAUGAGAAGGAUGACUCCGCCGCCAACUCGACUACUGAGCCAGAGUCCAAGCCCACCAAGAAGCGAAAAUACUCAACAGACAAGCCCAAGAAGAAAAAGAAGCAAUUCCGAUACGAAAGCAAGCAAGACCGCAAACUUGCGGCCGCAAAGCAGCGUUUGACAAAGGCCAAGAAGGCCAAGGCACGGCGGGAAAAGUAA